AUGUGGAAAGUACUUGGGAUCCAAGCGACAGCUGACUCUACUACUUUGAAAAUUGAACACCCUAGUGAUGCAUCACGGCACCUAUAUUUUAUAUCUGACUUCCCACAUCUCAUCAAACGCCUACGGAACUCGCUGCUGAAGUCUGGAUUCAACACCCCUGCAGGUCAUGUUGAUAUGCAACAUGUAAGGGAAGCUCACAAAAUAGACUCCUCCAACGUGACCCUUAAAGUGAUGCCGGGCAUAACACGGUGUCACCUGGAUCCUAAUGGAUUUGAGAAGAUGAGGGUCAGCUAUGCCUUCCAGCUUUUUGGGACAAAAGUCCUCCAAGCUUUCCACCUAUACAAAGACAAGUUGGAAGCAACACUUGGAAGGAUGGAUGUAACACAAGAGUUCUUCAGCAAAAUCCACCAGCUCAUAAGAGUGAUGACAUCGCGGUUCCCUGCUGAAGCCUUCAGACCGUGUUCAUCAGGAACAGCAGUGCUGCAGGAUUUUCUGUCCUACCUCAAAGCAUGGGAGCAGCAUACGAAAGGUGGAGGAGGCUUUCUGAGCAAUUCCACUGCUGCUGGCCUACGUGUGACCAUUUCGAGUACACUAGAGUUGCUUGACUAUCUCACUGAAAAUGUUGGCUUUGAAUACCUAAUGACUGCAAAAACUAGCCAGGAUCCUUUGGAAAACCUUUUCGGUAUUAUCAGGCAAUCUUCUGGCAGUAAUGAUCAUCCAACACCAACUCAGUUUUUGAUUACAGUAAACUGCAUGUCAUUCUAUGGUUUAGUCAAAGGUGUCAGUCAAGGAAACUGCGAAGAGGGCAUGCUAGGUUCCCUUUUGGAAGUUAGUAGCCCACGAGACACAUCGCAAAAUGCAGCAGGCAUGGAUUUGGCACCGAGCUCUUCUCCGAAUGCGCAGGCAUUGGUUAUACCUUCCCAGGAGCACAUCCAGCAUGUUGUGAGGAGCGACUCGAGAAUUAUAUUUUACAUUGCUGGCUACGUGGCACGAAAGUGCAUUUUGAAAAGCAAUUGUCUCAGUGACUUCAUGCCGGUGUUGGACGACGUGGUUGUGGGCAAUGCAAGCCGUGUCUCCCUGUCAAACGUCUCGGAGAAAGCGGACCUUGGAGUCGGAAGCCGAGGAGUGUCGGCACGGGAGUCUCUUGCUGUAAAUGGAACCGAGGCCCCAUCGCACAAUGGUCCCGCAAGCAUAAAGGAUUCUUCGGCUUUGAUCAACUCGGUGCUAUCGGCUUCAAAGGAAUCCUCGGGAGACCCUCAGAAUGCGGGCAAAGCAGCCGCUAUGGAUGUGGGGAGGCAUCAUGAUGAUUCUGCACUGGCACUACGAAGCACGGGUCUCAUCGAAAGCAGGCUGUCGGACCUGGAACGGCGCCUUGAUGCACACACACGCCACAUAGAUGACCAAUUCGAUCGCCUAGAUGGCCACUUGCUGCGUAUGCACAUGCAAAUGACAAUGAUGCAGCACUCAUUCAUGAAGACACACAAGCCAUGCUUCAGCAAGUGUUCGACGAAGUGGUAACACUGCGAGCGGAGAUAGCCGAGCUACGUGACGAUAUUUAGUGUACUCUGUGCCUUGUAAGUGAUGUAUGCUUAAAAUUUUGUUUUGACUGUGAUAAAGAUAUUCUCGCAUUUUAUAUUAAACACAUAAAUAAAAAUGGACCAUUCUGCAAA